GUUGUUUGCUUGUUCCACAUGCUGCAUGGAUGCGAUUUCAUUUUCAUUCAGUGGAAUUAAUAAUCGCGCUCCGUUUUUACAGGAAUGAUCGCUUAAUGUUUUAGCCGAGCAGCAUCGGUAACUUGCUGCACGUAAACAAGGACGCUUGCUGACCGCUUUUACUUUCAUAACGAGAGCAUCUUGCGCUCCCGGAGGCAUGAGUGCCGAGGCCAGAGCUGGUGAUGGUCGACAGAGUUUACUAGAAUCUGCGGACAAUACCGCUUAUCCAAAAUCCAUGCCUCUGUGCAGUCUCGUGGAAGACGGCCUAUACCUCGGUGGACGAGACGCUGCUGAAGAUGAGGAGCUGAUCCAAGGUUUCGGUAUCACUCACGUUCUAACGGUGGACACAUAUCGGCUCACGUUCGAGGGAAAUGUCGUCUGCUUGUACCUCUACGCCGAAGACAGGGCCGAAGAGGACUUGCUGAGUCGCUUUCAUGAGGCCUGCGAUUUCAUCGAAAAGGGGCAACAGAGUGGCGCGUGCUUAGUGCACUGUCGCUUCGGUGUCUCCAGGAGUGCCACGUUGGUUGCCGCUCAUCUUAUGCGAAAGUAUGCCUUAGGGUAUGCUGAAGCGCUGCACAAACUGAAGGAAAGGCGCUUUUGCAUUGGACCAAAUGCAGGCUUUGUAGCCCAGCUGAAGCUAUUCCAGAAAAUGGGAUACAAAGUAGACAAAGCAGAUCUGCAGUUCAGACUUUUUGUUCUGGAGCGGCUUUCUCAUUUGGCUAAGAAAGCUGGCUCAUUUUAUGCUGUACCGUGCGAAGUGAAAAGCUUUUGGACUGAUCAAGACAGGUCCAGUGGGGAAUGCUUAAGGUGCAGGAAAUGUAGGUUUACCCUCUGCUUCACAUCAAAGAUAGUGCCUCACACACCAGGCUGCAGCAUUGCCUGGUGGGAUACUCGCUGGAAGGAGCCAGAGGAGAGGCUUUGCCAGACAAGCAUCUUUGUUGAGCCAACAGCGUGGCUCUUCAAUCAAGCAAGGGCACUCCAAGGAAGGGUAACCUGUCCAAAUUGUCAUGGCAAACUAGGAAACUACAAUUGGUCAGGGCUGUAUUGUGAAUGUGGAGCAUGUGCGCAGCCAGGUUUUCACAUAACACCCAGCAAAGUGGACAGGGCUGUUGGUGGAUCAGAGCCUAUCAAAGCCUACCUGCGGAAUAGAAACAGACCAGCCACAAAAGAGUGCGGGCCUGCUUACAGCCGCCUUGAGGAAGAGCCCGAUGACAGAGAGAAUAACUCCCCGUGCAGCUAUAAAAACCUGUUGGAUGACCCUGACAGCGAUAAGGUGGAGCUCAUAUCUGCCUGUUGUCAGUUGGAGGAGCAACCGGAAAGUGACAACAGUGAGCAAGUCAGUGCCUGCAGUCAACUGAAAGAUGUACAGCAUGAAGUGUGUAGCUUUGAUUUUGCUUUGGCUGCUAAUUUGCAGGAGUUGAAUGAGGAGCAACAAGAUGGUUGAGGAGGGGAGCUUGCUAAAAGAACUAAAACAUCCCAGCUUAUUCACUUGUUGAUAAUAAGACAGCAAAGAUUGGCACAGGGAAGAGAGCCUAUGGGCAUUGUUGUGAACAGUUUUUCUUUUACACUUUUUUGUUCUACUACAUUGAGCUUUAUGGUUAGUGCUCAUGGAGCUUAGUGGUUUUUGCCUUGAAAGUACAAUUUCUUGCAAUGAAAAAAAUGCAUUAAUUGCUGUUGCGUUGGUCCAUGGUGAAUGGUUAUGGCUGGCUAGCUGAUUGGUCAACAGAAACCAUGCAUCUAAGAGCAUCCUUUUCUUGUUCAUUUUUGGUGAUAAGUAAGCUUUGCAUCUCUCAUAAAAAUAGAGGAGGUCAUAGUUCUUAUGCCAUCAUUUUCUCGUCAUUGUUGACUCUAGUCCCAGUUCAUAUGUUAAGUUCAGCUUCAGCCUGUCUUGAAAAGGACAGAAAUCAAUUCUGUGAUGACAGUUUUUAUGUAUAUAUUUUCUGGCAGUUUUAUGACAAAUGUUUCAUGACAUUCUUCCACCUGUGGUGAAGUGACUGCCAGGCAGAGGACAGUUUUGAGGGACGCAAUGGUGGUGGAGUGGCUUACUGGCUUGCAUGCGAUGCAAUGAAUGUAUAGUUCUAAAAGUUGUUUAUGAACGUUCUUGUGUUUUAAGUCUACCAAUGAACAGAAGUUUACAGCUGCCCGGUUAGAGCCAAGACGUGCUCAAGAAUGAGGUUGAAUGACACAGAAAACAAAUGUAUCUCUGCUUCUUUUUUAAGCAUGUUCGUUCAUGUUUUUAUUGUGUGCUAAUGCAAUAUCUCCCACUUUAAAUCUAAAUUUAGCCCCUCAGAUCCAGUCUUUUGUGGUGACAGUGCCAUAACCUUACUCUGUGAACAGCUACGAUGCCUGUGAACAAUGGAGUACACCCCACAGUUCUCCAUAACUGUCAGCGGGUGUACAAGACUAUGGCACCAUAAGAGCUGACUGCGUUAUACUACAGUGAUUUGACUCCUUCACUCUCUUUGUGAUAUGAAAUGUAAUGGCACCAGUGGUGCUAUAGUGCUCAAUAUGAGCUACUAAAAAUGAGUGCACGGCACAGUGCCCAAGCACAAUCGUACAUUUUGCAGUUCAUAGGAAAGCAAUGUGCUGCAAUGUAAGACUUUUCAGAACUGCAAAGAAUACAGGGAUCUGAUAUUGUGUUGAUCACUCGCUAAUACCACUGGGAAAACACAUAGACUAGAAUUGAAGGGGCCCUGCAACACUUUUUCAGCUUGGUCAGAAAACAAUGCCAAUUGGUAGCCGAGGCUCCUGAGAACAUUCCUGCCAAACAUUAUUACAUAGCACACGGCCGGAAGUUGACAAAUACAUAGCUCUCAAAUUCACCUUGAAAUCGCUCUCUCUUUUUUCCACAAAUAAUGCCACAUGCUCAUAUCCCUGCUCCGCAUACUCGCAAUCAGGGUCACUGGCUGAUUUCAGCAUUGUGACCUCCAUAGUUACUAAGACUGUCGCAAGGUGCCACCAUGGGCCCCAUUCGUGAUCACACCAAGCGUAAACAGCAUUUUAUUUAAAAAAAUAUAGAGGAAGAGAAUGUGCGCAAGGUCGUGACACACACUGACAAUAGGGCGAAUCUUUUUUAGCCCCCUUAUCAUCGCCCUCCCUGCAUAGCUCUCAGCAUGCUCACUGGUACAAGAGGAGAGAUAAAGUGCUUAGAGCACGCAGCAAAUCCCUGUGACUUCGCUUGUACUUGACGGAUUCUAAAAAUUUUGUUGCAAUAGAUUCGUGAGGCGAUAAGCUUUUUUAGUGAAGCCAUUCGUUCAUUACAUGAAAAAGUGUUGCAAGGCCCCUUUAUGCUCAGUUGUUCUGCAUGGCAGUAAUGCACUGGCGCAACAUGAGGGCUAAAUCUGCCAAUAAUGAGACUUUGCAUCCUCUGAUUUCUUUGUUUACUAUUUGUUACGAGUGUACAGGGUGACUGAAAAAGACUGGGGCACACUUUCAAUUUUAUUUUAGUAUAUUGUUUAUAACUUUCAGCAGAGACAUUAUUCAAAUGGUGCUCAUUGUUCUUGGGUAUGAAAAUGGCUUUUUUUGCUUCUUCAGCUCUCCCAUCAUAUUUAAAUGUCUCUGAAGAGUUGUUCUCCCUAAUCAUUACUCAGUGCAAAUUGGAUACUAGAGAUCACAAAACUGUUAGAUUGUGGCAUGUUCAAGCUUAUUGCGUUCUCAAAUGGUUUCUGGAUAGUACAUCAAUGGCAUGCAGUGAAUCAGAAAUCCAUCAAACCUCUUAAACAUGCUGUGUGGCAGACAUGGAACAAAUUUCCUCCAAAAUUCCUCUUGGUUAUUUUGAAAAAUUUUCAGAAGAGUCUGCUAGCUUGGAUCAAAGUGAAAUGUGGACAUUUUAGAACUAAAAUUUGAGUUAUGGCUACUUCUUUGUCAUACAGCAUUUUUCAGCUGCACUGUAUAGUGCCAUUGAAAAAAAAAAUAGUAGUGUAUAAAGAAAGGCUUAUUCAAAGUGCAGCUGUGAAUCACGAAGGAGGUGUUAAAUAAAAAUGUCUUUUCACUUAUAAAAAUUUGGGGAUGACAUUUUGCCUAUGAAGCAAAUCAAAUACUUUUGAUGAUUGCUGUGUUGCAUUCUUUCACUUUUAUAUGUUGCUUAAUUCUCACAUUAUUUUUCUUUUGCUGAGUAAUUAUUUCACAAAACAAUGUAUCUCUAGUAUGCAGAGCUAAGGAAAAAAAAAAAACACUAUUACUAAGUGCACUCUGAUUAAGCUGUUGCGAAGUUAGAACAGUAACGUGAAGUGUCUUGUAUAUAGUGAGGAACUCAAUUACCUUCUACAUAGAAGUAAAUUUCCCAGAAUGUGAAUAUCUGUCAGAUCAAAGGCAUAAGCAUGCAUUAUAUUGAGUAGUAUGGUCAUCAGGCGUGAACCUUGGAUCAAACAGGUGCUGUUUAUAAAGCAGCAGCUAACUUAAUUUCUUUCGUUUACAAGUCAAACUGCAGACCACAUUCAAGUGGUAAGGCCACUGGGUCGCAAUGGCAUGCUAAAUCUAUUGUAAUAUACCAUUUCAAUCUUCUAUUAGAGCUCUGUGAUUGGUCAAAAUCUUUUUUCCCAUGCCCACUGCAGUCGUCUAUAUUGCUAUCCAACUGAAAUUGGGAAAAUACCACAUCUCAAAAUUACAUGUACAGAUUGCAUAACUGCACCAUUAGAUAUAACAUAGCAGGAUAACUUAUUUUUUGUCACAUCUAGCCCUCAGCUAUAGGUUAAAUUUUCAAAUCACACUAGCAUCAUCUGUCUACUGUGCCACAUUGUAGAACCAUAAACAUUCAUUGGCAUGGUGAUGUGUGCACACUAAACUAUGCAUUAGUGUGCCUAUUAUAGCUGAAACUAUUUCAGGACAGUUGGAGUGUGGCCCUGUUCAGUAAAGAAUAUAACACGGCUGCCCACCAGUCAUUCUGGCAUUUGCUACUCGCAGCUGCCAGAAAAGAGGGCUUCUUUGCAUAUGAGAUAUAUUUUGCAUGGUAGUAUCCUGUUCUCAUACCUUUUUGACAUGUGCGUAAUGUCCCACUGCCAAAUUUUCUUUUGCUGAAGAUACAUUCUAUGCAUCGCUCUUUUGCAACCCACCACAAGAUAAGCUAGAGAAAGUAUACCAAUCAGAGACACAGGAGCAACCUUUUUUUUUCUGCCUGCUCUUUUACCCAUGUUGUUCUAGGUAAAUGAGGAAAGAGUGCCCGAGCAGUCACUGCAACUUGUUUUAAACCAACGUAUAAAAGGGCAGCCAAGAAAAGCAUUUUGUUAAGCUGUUCAGUUAAUGUUGAUUGAUAUGUGGGGUUUAACAUCCCAAAACCACCACAUGAUUAUGAGAGACGCCGUAGUGGAGGGCUCCGGAAAUUUUGACCAGCUCGGGUUCUUUAACGUGCACCCAGAUCUGAGCACACAGGCCUACAAUAUUUCGGCCUCCAUUGUUCAGUUUAUGUUGCUGGUUCCUGCCCAUGCUUGUGUCAUUGGCGGCUUAAAUUUGACACCAGGCAAAUUGGAAUAAAAUCAGAGUAGAAUGUCUUUGCAUUAUAAUUUUUGUUUUAUAUAUAUAUAUAUAUAUACUUCGGCUUAAUUUUCACAAUGUAGCCGUCAAAGUAAAAAUAUGGCUUUAUAUUGUUGCAUAGUAUAGUUUGUCAGCAAGAUAAGCCGAAAGUUUCAAAAGAGUAAAUUUUUUUUAAGGGAGGAAAAAGAAAUUUCUAACUGAACAACCACAAAGUAUUGGGCUUCAUUUAUGAUGAAUUCUGUUAAUGCAUACAUCAGAUGUAAUUUAAUUCUGAGACCAUACAAGAACUUGGUACACCUCUAAAUGUACGUAGUGGACAUUCCAAAUUCAAUAACUUUCAGCUCCUAAUGUUGCUCUGCUCAUACAAACAUUGUUGCUCACAUCCACAUAUUGUUAACAGCAGAAUAAAGGAUAAAGGAAAAAGGCAAGAAAGAGAUUGUAGUAGCUUUGUUAGUGAUAACUGCUCAAGCCUAGGUCAACAUCUAGGUUCUAAAGAGCUGUUAGCCGAGGCUAACAGCUCUUUAGAACCUAGAAAUUGUGGCAGUGAAGUCUUGGAAUGAUGGAGGCCUGUGUAGCGGCCAAUGCUGUUAAUUUUACAGCAGUCAAAAAUGACAGGCUGCCUUCGAUAUCAGUAAAUAAUUUCUCUAAACCUAUCUGUGGAUUACAUUUAAGUAUGGAUAUAUAAACAGAACCAUUGAACUGGAAGUCUUUUGUAACAUUAUUUGAUUUCAACAUACUUCCUUUCAAAUGAGUGAAAUCUCCACCAUCCAGGUCAUUUAGUGAGUCUAUACUGUAUAUAAUUCUGUUCUCUAUUGUGCAUCACAUAUAAAAUUAUUAGCUAUUAUUUUAACCUGUGUUUAAAGUAACACUUGGCUGUGUUGCCAUAUGCAGGAAGCACUCACUGGAUCAUUUGUUUUACAUAAUAACAGGGCCAUGCUAAAUAACAGACCCUUCAGUUUUGUGCUGCCUACUGAUUACAAGCCGUGUUCUUUCAAAUAAUGCUCACAGUGUUCACAUUGUGUGGUGUGUAGCAUUACAGAGUUUUUGUACAUACUGUAUAAACCCAUGCAGCCACCCUUUUGCUUACCAUGAAAUAUUUACAGUUUGUUCUCGUUAUUUCUUUGGCCUACAGUCAAUUCAUCUUUCUAGAUAGCAUCUGCUGUUCGUUUGUUGUUGUAUUCAUACAAAACUGUGACGGCGUUUUGCGUGUUACUCAUGCGGAUGCUACUUGUUUUUCUGCAUGUUAUUUAUAUGGAUGCUGGAUGCUCUGGUUUUUAGGUUUCACAGUAGACAGCCUUCCAAUUUUUGAAGGAUAAAAAAGAAUGCAUUCGCCCUA